AUGACGGCAGAGGUGUUAGACGCAGUGGACAAGCUCGAAUGUUCAACGUGUUGGGAGCUCAGUCGACCUACGACGGUACGUUCGGCAAACCUGAAGCCGUCGACGGAGUUCAACGAGAACGCGCUCCUGGACGAGGACGAGGCGCCGAACUGCUUUACGCAGGGCUGGCUAUCAUGGGCUGGUCCACCCAAUACACUCUACUUCGACGCGGCGAAGGGCCACAUCACGAAGGUGUUUGCGGAGGUCGGCGACAGGCACAACAUACUCAUGCGACUGACUCUGGCGGAGGCUCCUCACCUCACGGGCAGAGUGGAGAGAGCCAUCGACUUCAAGGACACUCUCCAGAAAGUGAACUGCGAGAUCCAGAUCACCAAGAAGGACGACCCAGCCAUAUGGACGGCCAUUUGGGCCAACACCUUAAAUAACCACAUCAGGCGGAACGGCUUCACACCCUACCAAUGCGUGCUCGGACGAUCGCCCAACGUGGCCACGUCCCUCACCGAGACGGGCUCUCGGCACAGAGCGCAGCACUAUUCGAGUCGGGACCCCGACGGGCAGAGCAGAUACGUGCAGGUGCCAAUCGAUCAUUUUCGAGCUGGACAGCGACGAUGCUGUUCGACGAGCUGA